CCCUAGCAAACGGCCGCUGGGACGAGCUCAAUUUACCGCUGCUGUCGUACAAACGACGCUGUGUUGGGACGUUGUCGCCUGCCCUUUCUCCGCUGCCCUUCUACUUUUUCCCUGGCCCAUCCCUCGCCUCCACGUUUGGACGCUUUGCUGCUUCCCUUCCUCACCAUCAACAUCACCAGCUUCGACUCUCAUUCAGACAGUUACAAAAAGGCCUGGCGGUGUUUUUCGGUUCCCAGCAAGAACAGAAAUUUUCGUUCUUUUACAAACGCCUUCUUUCUUCUUUCCUUCUUUUUUUUCACUUACAACAACAACUCGUGCUGUGCGCAAGGCCUUUUACCUGCUCCGACGCCGUUGCUUACGAGACAACUGCGACGACCAGCUUUCUUUCUUUUUGACGACACAUCUCACCUUGAAACGCCGUCCUCACGACCAUUUUGAUUCCCCGAGACACUCCUUGCGAGCACAACUCCGACCUUUGUUUUUCCCUUUCCCUCUUUCGACUCUUUGACCUGGUUUUUCGCAGCAAAACAUUUGCGCCAUCCCAAACCCUAUAGGACUCUGAGACAUUCGGCCCGGCUAGUCUAUUCGCCCUCGAUACACCAAUAGCUUCGCCCUAGAAGUCCGAGAUCGAUUCGAUUUUGCUCCCUCUAUAUCGGUCGAUUGCAUUCCAAUCCAUCGACACUAGCCCUCGUACUCCGCACAACCACGCAGCCAAGGCCGUAGAAUAUCUACAGCCCUCCCGGCAAACCCACACGAGACGCCUUUUGGGACGAUUUUCUUCUUUUUGUUCUUCACCUUGUUCAACCUGCCACCUAGUAGAGCGCGCUUCCAACAAAGAAAAGGACUCCAAUAUGCCUCUUUCUCAUAAGCACCUGCACAAACAGCGGGAUGUCAUGGAGGACAUCCAGGCUAUAGUCGGCGACCUCAACAACGAGCAACCUCAACCAACCGAUGCGCCUAACUUGCACCAAGCUAGAGACGUUGUCACAGUUAUCGCAACCGUAUAUUCCACACGACCCAAGGACUUUCCCGGAGAAGUCGGCGGCUACGUCACACAAACCACACCCAUCUCUAAGCCCUCGCCUCAACCCAAGCCCCAACCCAAGAAGGACGACAACCAGUCCUCGUCACAGACAGAACAGAAGCACACAUCUGCUGUCCCCAGUGAAAUCCGCCGCCCCCAGCAGACAUCAGGAGUCUCAACACUCGCGCAAGCAUCUGGCUCGGCUACUGUUCCAGAUACUCCAAACCGCAACACUGGAACCGCCGACCUAUCUACCUCAUCGCCAACCGCCACGGGUAUUAGCAGUGAUUCUGGAGCCUCUUCUGAUGGUCUCAGUGCUGGAGCCAAGGCUGGUAUCGCCUUUGGUGCUCUUGGUGGUCUGCUUGUUCUUGGCCUCAUCAUCUUCGCCAUCGUCCAGAGCCGCAAGCGCAAGAACUCAGACAACAAUGUCGAAGGUGGUGAAAAGUUUGGUGCUUCCAGCGGCAACCCAGACCACUUGGAUGCCAUGCCACUCAAUGCCCCCCGCAUCAGCCUUCGUCCCGUAACUCAAUUCCUUCCUAACUGGAACGUGGAGAAGCGUGGAAGCAAGGCUGGUCAGGUUGCCCUUGCGCCUGCUGCUGCCGGUGCCUGGGAUCGCCCCUCUACCAGUGCUAGCUCUAACCCUGCCAACCCAUUCGGAUCUACUGCUGAGCGUGUCCCUAGCCCCUUUGGUGAGAAGGCUCUUCCUGCCAUCUCCGAUGAUGCUCACGGCCCCAGCCCCUUUGAUGAUCCCAUGACUGCUCAUGGCCCCAUUGUCGCUGGCGGUCCUGCCGCUGCUGCUGCUGCUGCCACUGCCACCUCUAAUGGCCCUGGCUUGACCCGUAACACUUCAAUUCGACGCGAGGGUCAGCAUGCAAAUGACUACACUCUACCCCCCGUUAUCGGUGGCGGACCUCAGCCUGCCAGCCCUACCGGUACUGAGUUCAGUGUAUCGUCUUUGCCUCCCGGUGCAAACCCCGGACCGUCUCAAAGCGCCGCUGCCAUUGCUGCCGCCGGUGGUCCUCCUUUGUCUACUGUGCACCGAGUCCAGCUUGACUUUAAGCCUACUCUAGAUGAUGAGAUGGAGCUUCGUGCUGGUGACCUAGUCCGACUCCUCCAUGAAUACGACGAUGGAUGGGCCCUGUGCAUUCGCCUCGAUCGCACACAACAAGGCGUUGUUCCUCGAACUUGCCUGUCAACCCGCCCUGUUAAGCCUCGUCCCCCACCUGGAGCCAACCGCAACGGCCCUCCUGUAAACCCUCAGGGCGGCUUCCCUCGUGGCCCCGGCCCCGGUCCCGGCCCCGGUCCCAACUAUAACCAGGGUCGUAUGACUCCCCAGGGAAUGCGCAACGGUCCUCCCGGUCCUCCAGGCCCUCCAGGUCCUCCAGGUCCUCGUCCAUAUGGACCUCCAUCUCGCCCUCAAAGCCCCAGCGUCAUGCGCCCUCAAAGCCCCAGCAUGCGCCCUCAGAGCCCGAACGUUAUGGCACGCCGUGUAACUCCUCCUGGUCAUCCUGCCGCAUCUCGCAUGAACCAGCCCUCGCCGCCGCAUAGCCCGCCCGAGGCAAUUGUUGGUAGAAAACCAGUUCCUGGCCAGGCAUACUAGGCUUGGGAUGCUUCCAAUGUAUCUCAUUGGCUAUCAUUUUGGUUCAUCCCCCACUGUCUGGCGGGAAAGGAAAAUGGGGUUCGGCGUUUUAUAUACCUGCGAGCAUCUGCAUAACUUUGCUUCUUGUGUUCUGUCAACUGGGCUCAUCUAGCACUUUGUUGUCCGACCAGGCAGCGAGCUAUGCUGUGACAUCUUUCUUUUGAUUUUGAUUCUUGUUUUCAACAAUCCGGCCACUUCCGUCUUUUCGACAUUUCUUUUUCUUUUCUCGACUCUCUUUUAUACAUAUUUAUUAGUUCAUGGCAUGAACUAAAUUGUCACACGACAAUCUUUUCUGUUGAUAUAUGAUUUCAUUUACAAGCUCAGACCAUGGCGUACUAUGGCGUGGCAAUUGGGGGUACAGCUUGAACAGAGGCGACUCUUGUCCAGGUUUGCCCAGCGGGACAAGGCUCAGUCUUUGUUCUGCGGUGGGUCCUCUUCUUCUUUUUUCUUUUCUCUCCUGUUUUUAAGGUUACAAAGCUAUCAUUGGAACAAAUUGCUGGGAAGCGGUUAGGCUGAGCCACGUGCCGCAUAGGUGUUUGGUUGGAAUGCUGAUGGAGCGAGUACGAAGUUUAGGUUCUAUGAUGAUAUAUUAGAUAGGAAUGAGAACAAAACGUUCAAAUAACGCGC